CAGCAGUGCAGUUACCCCAAGUGGAUGUCCUUCGUGGAUCAGUUGUGUCGUUUGUGUGAUUAAAAAAGCUAUCCAUCAUCAGUGUUAAGUGUGAGGUCAGAGUGUUUUUGUCCUUAGCAGCGUUGUGCAACAGUGUUGCGGGUUGCCUACCUUCGUGGCAAUCGGAAUCAGAAGUAUUAUCUUACGCUGCAGGCGAGAGUCCCCUUUUACGACUUCCAGUAAGUCCAAGCAAAAGUCGAGGAAAAACGUUAAUGUAAACGUACCCACUUCAAAAAUUAACUUGCACAGCAUCAGCGGCGAUAAAACGUUCAAUUUAGCAUUUGCAUAAAUGAAAGGAAGAAUUCGUACGGAUUCAUCGGCGUCGUUCUUUGGACCACGUUAAGGCUUCCAGCAACACCAGAAAAGAGAAAAAACGCAACGCUAGUAGAAAUUACGGAAGUAAACAGAACCCACAAUUUGUUGUGUUUGUGUGUUUUGUGAGUUGAAAGAAAACGAAAUAAGCAACGGAUAACAGAAACCACCCGGAAGUGAACAACAGGGUUCGGAAUCAUUGCACGCCGGUUUAUUUGCUCCUCGAUGCUAGACCUCCUCACCUGUAGAAAAGAACCGAUGUAAAGAAAGCGAAGCAUUUCCGGUCCACCAGAACCGUAUCCCCGCAAUCUAGGAAUUCUUCUUCCUCCAUCAUCUCAUCUCCACGCCGCGCCGUCCUGGAGCCAAGGCGAAAAAAUAUCACACUCCCCGACGCCGCCAAAACCGUGGAAGAAGAACCAAUUAGGUCCCGUUACAAUCAAAGGAAAAACCAUUCAAGUUGGAAGGUGGUAAAAUCUUCUCGGCGGUGAACAACUUCCUCACUGCGUCGACCUUUGUCAAGGAUAUCCGGCAGCUGAUUAUGACCCGGCAAACCAACGAUCCAAACAAGCAGCAAGAUCCGGAAAAUCAAGAAAACGAUCACCAGAACGAGUCCAGCAACCCGCAACAGAACCAGAACAGCAGCAGCAGCAGCAACCCAAGGCUAGAAUCGGACUAUCAAGCCAGCAGUCACCCGUCGUACAGCUACAAUCCUCAGCAGAACCGGAACCAGGUCGGGAUGCCUCGACAGGAAGACAACAUCACUCAACCACCGAGCGAAUGUUCCAGCCUGGAUGGCAACGUGUUCACCGAUGGAGCAACGAUGGUCCUGGAAAGUGGACGAGCCAAAACACGGCGCUCUCAGACGUACGAUUCGAUCACUUCCAGCAACACCAACUACGGCCUCAACCGAAGGUUCAUCUCCAAGAACCAGAUGAAGGAGUUCCGAGAAGCGUUUCGGCUAUUCGAUAAGGACAACGAUGGAUCGAUCACCAAGGAAGAACUCGGCACCGUUAUGCGAUCGCUGGGUCAAUUUGCACGUGUCGAAGAGCUACAGGAAAUGCUACUGGAGAUAGAUGUCGAUGGUGACGGAAACGUUAGCUUCGAAGAGUUUGUCGACAUCAUGUCGAAUAUGACCGAUACAUUGGCGGAAACAUCGGCCGACCAGGAAGAGCGGGAGCUACGUGACGCUUUCCGUGUCUUCGAUAAACAUAACAGAGGCUACAUCACUGCAUCGGAUCUCCGAGCGGUUCUGCAAUGUUUAGGGGAAGAUUUGGAUGAAGAGGAAAUUGAAGACAUGAUCAAGGAGGUGGAUGUCGACGGCGACGGCAGGAUCGAUUUCUACGAGUUCGUACACGCGCUCGGUGAACCAGAAGACUCCCAGGAAAACGACGAUGAGGAGGAGGCCCUUUCACCGCGAUCGCUUUCCGGUGAUGUGACCGUUUAAGGAGAGUGAGGGUAUUCCGGAUUUUUUUAUCCUACGAACCUUGGCUUCGUGGAUUCUAGCUAUGGUAGUUAUAAAUUUAAACGUAUCUCAAAAACAUAGUCUAAAAUUUUCGCUUUUCUCGCAAAUUACACUAAUCAAAAAAAAAAAAGUUUGAACCUAACCAAAACAAAAAAACACGCAUGGACACAUAUAAUCAAAAUUUGAAAACAACAUUACCCUAAGCGCAACAUAUCAAAAUCAAGAAAAUUAAAAUGAAAAAACCAAAAAAUAACAAAAAUUGCAAUAUUAAAAAAGCUAUAUUUGAAUUUAUUACGAAUCGUUACAUCGUACGAUACAAACAACGCACGUGAUGGCAUUAAAAAAAUACUAUAUGUUAUCCAAUACAGUUAUGAAGGAAAACAAAACAAGAACAAAAUGAACACUAUCAAUGUUGUGAAUUCAAAUUUUUAAAUUUCGAAAUUUUUGCUAUCUUUAAUCGUUUUUAAUUAUCUAUAUACAUAUAAAUAGAACAUAUAUUUGGUAGAAGUUAAGGUAAGGUGUGGAAUUGUAUCGAAACUAACACAGAAACAGAAGUAUUUUGCUAAUAAAAACAAAAGAAACAAACCCAAACCAAACCAAUCUCGCUAUAACAACAACUUUUACACGUGACUGUAGGAAGUCUCUCUCUACUAUUAAUAUACACACCACUAACAUAUGUAAUUAUGUUGCAUUAUGUGCCAUGCUGUAACACAUUCUUGAUCUAAUAAAUACAACUAUGAAAUAAAAGAAAACCACAAAAUACCACAACAUGUUGGAGUGCAUACAUACAUAUCUGGCA